AUGCCUCUCCAGACCAGCGCGCCGUCCGUACCGGCGUCGUUUCCGUCGUUCAUGUCGGUUUUCGGGGGAAUAUCGCACCUGCGUGUGGGAAGGAAGGAAGAAAGUAUUGGUACACAGACGCUGGGGCGGCGACCGUCGAGGGUCACCGUCAACACAUCGCGACAUUUCCUCCCUUUCAAGCACCGCGAGAGUGUCUCAUCAGUCACGUCAGAAUCCACAGACUCGUCACCAACCACAACGGUCUCGACCUUCGAUUCACCCUCCGUCACAGACACGUCUCCCAGCUCGUCCCCGGAGUCACCUUCGUCCAUGCCGUUCCACCCAAAGCUCGCAUCAUCGGAAAAUGCCAUCACACUCAAACGAACAGAGAGCUCUGUGCCGACGAGCCAGUCCGACUCAUCAGAGAAUGCCCCCAAAUCGACGCGAGGAGAGUCUCCCGGGAGACGAGCGCGGAACCUGAAGAACCUCUCACUCAAAAUGCCCGCUCCUUCCCCGUCGCGACCUGCCAUAGCCACUGCAUCUGUGAUGGAAACGGGUUCUCGUCAUCUAUCUGCUCCUCCCUCCCCAGUGCAUCCAGUGAAAACAGGUCGACGAAAGCCCGCCAACCUGACCAUCCGUACCCCGGGCCUGGACAAGUCGUUCUCAAAUGGCGGGAUACCACCUCCGACGCCCUCUAUGCGCCAGUCGCUGCGUCACAUCGAGUCCUCGCCGUCUCUUCAGUCGGUCUUCUCCCCAUCUACCGGGCCAGAGGGCGGAAUGCAGCUGCCGCGACCCGCUACACAGCAUGGUACUCGAGAUAUGCCUGGCACAUGGGAGGAAGGUCUGUCGCCAAUCCCUUCUGCGUCCACCUCGAAAGAGAUCCUUCACGACCUGGCAGAGGAAGAUGAUCACCUUGAUUCGAGAGAGUCCACCCGGAAGAAUGAGCGUGGCUAUCCGGAUGGACCUACCUGCAUUUACGACUCUGGUGUAUACUUGUAUCUCGAACCAACUGCGGAAGAAGCCUCGAAAUUCGAUGUUGUGGUCAACGUGGCCAAAGAAAUCCCUAACCCGUUUACGAAACAACCAGAAAAUAGUAAUAGCAUAAUGUCUACUUGGAGAAGUGCAGCGUCGGAGUCGAAGAGACAGUCGAUGGUGGAACCGCAGACAGCAUUCUCGGAUAUCUCCUUCAAAUCGGCUUUGGAGUAUCUGCCAGCCGAACCAGAGAGUGCGUCGACGCCAAAGACGGAACAGUCGAGACCGGAAUACAUCCAUGUCGGCUGGGACCAUAAUUCAGAGAUCCUUGAUGACCUCUACCCUCUGUGCGAACUCAUUGACGAUCGCAUCUCCAAGGGAAAGAAGGUUCUCAUACACUGUCAGCUUGGAGUUAGCCGAUCGGCUUCCCUGAUUAUUGCGUACGGAUUGUACAAAAACCGGGAUCUGGAUUUCAAUGCAAUGUACGGGAUUGUGAAGUCACGGAGCUGUUGGGUUGGCCCCAACAUGAGUCUCAUUUACCAACUCACGGAUUUCCGUUCUCGAGUCCUUCGUGGAGGUCCGUCGAAGCCAAUCCCAGCAGAGUGGUUUAUUCCCGAUAUUCCUUAUCGGAAAUCUGACCCCACACCUGCAGAUUCGAGCACCACGCAGCCAAAGCCUGCUAGCAGUGAACGAGAGACAGGAUCUCGUAGCGUUACUCAGGCUCCUCCCUCCGAGUUGGGCGUUCCCAAGUCCGACACUUCGCAGAAGCGGAACGUCUCUCCCCGACCGCUGCCAUUCAGAGAGGGAUACAAGGCGGCGGAGGCUUCGAACAGCUGUUCCCAGCCGGAGACUACGCGGAGGGUGGAACUAGUUCGGUUUCCCACGGUGCAGAGGGACCUUGUCAUGCAGGAUGCGCCCGCUACAUCUUCGGUAUUGUCACCUCGGGAGGCAGACUUCAUGCUCAAUGGUUUCUCUCACGGAGUGACUGGGAACAUGACAGUCAAACUCCCAUCUGACUCCACCGGGCUUGGACAGGAGGCGGUUGAUCCUCGAUCGCCUCCGCAAAGCAAAGAGCCCAUCAUAAUGAGAAAUAUUGACGAAUUCCUUUAA